AUGGUGAAUGGUGCGGGGAAGCGAGACGUGCACGUCGCACCGCCCCGUUAUCGCCGUGCUGCUCUGCUCCGCUCCUCUUCGAGAGGCGCACGCCGCGCCACGGCGAGCCACUCCACUCCCACUCGGCACCGGCACGGCGGCGACAUGCUCCCGCUCAUCUCUCCUCAGCGCCCUGGUGCCGCGCGGCUCCGCGCCAUCGCCAACGCAGGCGCCACUGCCUCCGCCACCGCCAGGCCGGCCGUCAUCCUCCCAGGGCUCGGGAACAACACGGGCGACUAUGCGCGGCUCGCCGCGGGGCUGCGCGACGACCACGGCCUCCCCGCGGCCGUCGUGGCGCGGGUCACACGCCCCGACUGGCUCCGCAACGCCGCGGGCCUCGCCGACGCCAGCUACUGGCGGGGCACCCUCCGCCCGCGCCCCGUGCUCGACUGGUACCUGAAGAGGGUGGAUGACGCGGUGUCUGAGGCGAGGGAGCAAUGCGCACCAGGUGGGAAGAUAUCAUUGAUAGGGCAUUCAGCUGGGGGCUGGCUCGCGCGCGUGUACAUGGCGGAGUUUGAUGCUUCCGACAUAAGUUUACUGCUCACCCUUGGCACUCCUCACUUGCCUCCUCCAAAAGGUGUACCUGGGGUAAUUGAUCAGACUAGAGGACUACUGAACUACGUCGAGAAGAAUUGUGCUCCAGCAGUUUAUACGCCAGAAUUAAGAUAUGUGUGCAUUGCUGGAAGGUACAUUCAAGGUGCUCCUCUUCUGGGGAACUCCGCAGCUGCUUCCGAUGAGAUCCUUGCAGUUGACACCCCUUCAGAAGGAGGUGAGGCUGUUAUUAUGAGUAGCAAUGACAAAUCUACUCCGUCAAGUGUCACGUGGAGAGCCCGGUUCGUCGGGCAAGGGUACAAACAGGUUUGCGGCCGAGCGGAUGUGUGGGGUGACGGCGUUGUUCCUGAAAUGGCAGCGCAUCUGGAAGGAGCACUGAACAUAAGCUUUGACGGCGUGUACCAUUCUCCUGUAGGCUCUGAUGAUGAACAAAGGCCCUGGUAUGGCUCUCCGGCAAUCCUCAAGCAGUGGGUGCAUCACCUUCUCACCUGA